AUGUUUACCGCUCGCCGUUGGUGUGCAUUUUUUUUCGUACGGCAUGCCAAUCGUUCCAACGACGGUUGUCCCAGUUCGCCUCCGACGCGGAGUUUUACCGCGGUAAGAUAUUUUGGUAGUGAAUGAUCACCGAGUCAACUAAUUCCCCGACCGAUAUGUGCGAGGGCCAGCGGGCCGACGUCAGCGUCAGGUAGCUUACGAAAAAACAAUUCUAAACAGAGUUCGGUUUAUAGUAAAGCUUUGUUGUUUUGUUUUGUUGUUUCAUAAAAAGCACCACCAUUAGUAAUCCGGGCAUGUCGUCAGUUUUAAAAGUUUUUAACAGAUAAGAAAAAAAAUAAAAAAUAAAAAGAGCCGAUACUGGGAACGGGAGCGUAUACUGUUGUAGGUGAAAAGUUAGGAAGGUAGGAUAUAUAAGGUUAUUUCAUUUAUAUCUGUAAGCAAUUACAUAUAAUGGUAAAAGUCUAAUAUAAGUAUUAUCACCAAGUUUCAAGACUCUGAAUGUAUUUGUAACUGAAUUACAGAAAAAAAAAAACUCCUAAAAAUACAAAAUACCUCAAAAGUUUUGGCGAUUACACCGUAAGAAAGUAAAUCAAAAAGGCAACAAAAAAGAUUUAUUAUGAUUUUUCGAUUUAAUUAUUUUUUCUGGUAGAAAACCUCGUCCAUUUUUUUAUGAAAUAAUGAAAUCGUGAAAUUGUAUGCUUUCCCGCGUUUUUUUCCCACUUAAGUGCUUUUAUUUAAAUAAUGGCGUCGAAAAUUACCUGUUUAAAAUACCAUCUAAGCAACUUUAUCUUUCAGAAAAUUUGCUACAAAUAAAAAUUGGAGCAAGCUGACUAGGGCAUAACUUAUUCACAGGCUAGAGGAAGAAAAAAAUACAAACAUCUUAGUGAAACCAUAAGCAUCUUUGCUCCACUCAGAAUAUAACAUGGCGUUGCCAAUGCACCAACUCCAUUUUUGUUUCCGAAAUUUUUCUACAUUUGCAGACAAGCAAAACGUCUACAUGGCCCGGACCAGUGAAAGGAAUUGAGAACAGGACCGGACCAGACGGAUGUAAUUAACAAAAAUGUAACCGGACCAGACCAUACCUGGUUUUCUACACAAUAAUGACCAAGACCAUAUUCAAAUGUAGGACUAGGUUAAAUUUUGUCGAUUUUUUUGAAAAUAUUAUAUUAAGUAACGACUAUUUUUGUAACAUAUUUUCUAAUAUUACAUGAAAAGGGCAAAGGUCGAAAGAUAACAUCGUCAGAAAAUUGCGUUCCAUACAAAUGGGCUGUUUGUCGCGAUAUCCGUUUUCAUUUCGUGUAUUCGGAUCAACAUUCGUGGACGGCAUGGACCGGACCGAACUAUUUAGAAAUAGAAAUCGAACCCGAUCGCUGUGA